AUGGUUGUGUUUGAGGGUCGAUUGCCUUCUGCUGCGCUGCUUUUGACGCAUGUGGCUGAAAGAACGACAUGGCGGAGGAGGGAGGAGAGUGGACGCGUUCGACGCGGUGUGACGAGUACACGAGCGCGAGCGGUCACGCAUACGUCACUAAAUGGCUGUCUCGUGACGGAACGCGUCUUGACCACUCCCUCCGCGUUCCGCCUAGAUCCCUCCUCGACGCGUGCAUCCGUUCCUAUGAGCGUGAUGACCGAGACUGACAUGAACAAUGAAAAACUCAACAAGCCCCUACUUGUUGAACUUAAGAAUGGGAAGCUAGUUUUCAAGCAGAAAUCACUGUCGUUUGAGAAGAUGUCGGAGACCAUGCAAGAAAUUGUGAAGUUUCGCGAAAUGCUAGAGCAAAUGCUGGAAGCGAAGGAGCCCCCACUCUCCGCGAUUCCCGAGGAGCAUAAACCUGUCGUGGCGAAGCUAGUACAAGAGAGCGACAAGACGUUGCAAGCGCUGUCGAAACACGUUCAGCAGGAGCUGCUACCUGUUGUAGACGAAGACGAUGAGGACGCGACAGCGGUGCCUGCCAUACUCCCCACGGAUGUGCUCGAAGCGGCUGUGAGGACGAUAGCAAAGCGCGUAAAUUAUGGCCUGGACCCUCCGGUCGAAGGUAGCAAGGUCCCCGCCGCUUGGCAUAUUUGGCGCUGGGAAGUGCAAGAGACUUACAGAGGAUGGCUUCCGAAGGCCGUGCGGGAGAAAGCGGAGAAUCGCACCAGGGAGCGUCAGCAGCUCAAGCAUGAUGUGCAAACCCUGUUUGACUCACUGUCCGAUGAAGAGAGGAUCUCCAUCUUGGGAGUUCGAGUGGGAAGACCGCGAAGGGCACCGCUCGGGCUCAAGCCACAAGUUGCGCUGCCAUCAGCUCCAACACCUUCUGAGAAUGACGCCCCGGACCACGGACCUGAGAAGAAAUCUAUGGGGAGACCCAAGAAACCGGUGGAUCUGGCUAGAGAGGCCGAUAAAACUGCCAAGGAGAAAGAGAAACAAGACAAGAAGACUGCUAAAGCGGAGCGUGAAAAGAAGGAGAAGGAUGCGCAGGCGAAGUCUCGCUCGCUUAUGGCGAACUUCUUUGGAAAGGCGAAGUCUGCAUCUAUAGCAUCUCCGUCCAAACUGAAGGCUGCAGACGGAGAGUCAGGUUCGCCUGCUCCCUCCCAGUCUGACUUCGAAAGGACAUUCCGCGCAUUCUCGGUGAAGAAAGAUGCAGAAUUGGCCCCUCAUAACUGGUUCCGUGAACGAAGAUGGCUGGAGAAACGACGUCAGAAGCGUCAACCUCAGGGCGAUGUCAUCAUCAUUGACGACGACGACGACCAUAUGGAGGACACGGAGGAUGUGCUCAUGGCUGACGCGACCGACGGCAUAUCGGACGCAGAUAUCCAGUUGGAUACUAUUAUGACACGUCUCGGGGCUGGACUGAAUCCUCCGCGACGUCCUCGACAACCUACAGGCUUCAAGACAUAUCAUCCUCUUUCCGUGCGAGGCCUCAUGGCUCAGCUUACCGAAGCAGAAGUUGCAGGCGACGACACUGAAGUCCGACGUUUGCUUUCUCUCAUCCGGGAUCGAAGCGUCAUUCCUGCGAAGGUUCUUGUCUUCAAAGAGGAUGCGCGACCCGGAUACUUUGGCACUCACACCCGCAACUCUCGCGAAAUCGGACCUCGUACACCCUUCGCUCGAGAUCCCGUACAGAUCGACUACUCCUACGACUCAGGCGAGGAGUGGGCCGAGGAAGAGGGAGAAGCUGACGAUGUUAUGGAGGACGUUGACGAAGAUGGUGACGAUGGUGACGAGCCGGACUCUGAUAUGGAUAGUUGGCUGGUCGACGACGACGACAUCGAAGACCCGGGCACACCUAUUGAAGACCGACCCAGCUCUCCUGGCUUCCCUGACUUUGACUCCUUGCCCAGCGGGAGCGGGAGCGGUAACAAGAAGCGAAAGGAGAAAGAGAGGGAAAGGCCUAAAGAGGAGAAGGUCGGCAGUAACAAAAAACGACGAGUUGUUGUCCCUCUGGUCGCCUUCACUAAGGGGCCCGAAUGGGAAACAACAGUCGGACGAUGCUCCUACGGGCCGUUCAACGCGUAUCGCAUACAGCUGUUUAACGACACGCCAUCCUCAAUCGAUCCAUUCACCUUCACCGCCGACGGUUUUGUUAUCCCCGCGUUACCCGCACACCUCGCGAAGCCCACGACGUCGUCCUCAGUGCCCAUAACAGAUCCCACGAGUGCGCCUGCAAAGCGAGCAGUACCGACACCGAAGACCGCCUUCCCGGACGCUCACUUGCCUGUACUACUUUCGCGGAUCGAAGAGCUCGCAACUCCCAGCUUCCAGGGUAUCGUCGAAGCCGUCCACCGAGAACUACAGGCACACAAGGUCAAGAAGAACGCUAUCGCAAUGAAGGUUCGAGAGGUGGGCGAGAAGUGCAAGGAGAGAAAGAUCUGGGUCGUCCGACCAGAGAUUCGGGUACGUUUUGGUCUUUCAAUGUGCAGUCCUGGUGGCCUGACCGUUUGUGAGCAGGCACAACAAGGCCCAUCAUAA